AAUAUGAGCCUUCUGUUUCUGCUCUCCCUUAUCUCAUUUGCUUUUUCCUUCUCAGUGUUGUGCAGAAAAGGGAGAAGCCAAUCAAUCAUGGUUUCCACUUCACUACCCUCUUUCAUUCAGAUUUCAUCAACAAAUUCCUCUUUCACUGAAAAACUCAGCACUCCUCAAAAGAAGUUUCAAAUUAGAAUAUCCACAAAUUCUUUGCCUUUUCCUUCUCUUCCUUCAUGCAAACCACUUCAAAACUCAGUUCCUUUGGCUGCUUCACUUGCCAUUCUUCUUUGGACAACCCCUGCAAAUGCUGGAUUCAUGUCAGGAAUUUCUGGUCUAGAGGCUGUUCCUGGUCCUCAGCUACCACAGAUUGACUUUCUCAAAAAUCUCAAUGAUGAAAACCAGAAGAAAUAUGCAGAGAAUGAUGAAAGAAUUAAGUCGUCUCCUUUGCUGAAGAAACUGCUUGAGCAAUCCAAGUUGAAUAAAGAGAAAAACCGUAAAGAAAUUGAGAACAAGUACUGCAUAAGAGGAGCAGAAUGGGGAGUUGGAGAUUGUUCUGCAGAGGGAAUGUCUCCAGAGGAGAGGGACAAAUUCAUAGCAAUGUUGAAGCAGAAAGCUGGACAAGAGUAACAUCAUCAUCUCAUUGUCAUUACACCAUAGAGAACAAAAGAUAAACAAAAAGGGUUUAACAUAAAUUAUAAGCAUUUAGAAUUGUACAAGGUGAAGAAACAAAUAGGUCUAUUGCAGAUUUUCAAAAUUUUGUUCUCAACCCUUCCCACAUCA